CUCUUGGAUUCCUUGGUUCUCAAGUUGGUUUCUUACCUGAAGUUCUGGGUCUGGCCGGAUAAUCGGUACUUGCUUGUGUUUUCAGGAAGAGGUAGAUCCCAUCGCCUAGCUUCACUGCCCUACCGCAAACCCAGUUAUAAUGGGUUUACUGUCUCUCGGUACUCCACUAGCUUGGGAUGACGCCAAAAAGUAUGCGGAGCACGUCAGACACCACGGUAUCACGCAGUUUCUGAACAUCUGGGACCGUAUGAAGGAUCGGACAGGAGACGAAUUGCUAUGGGGUGACGAGAUCGAAUAUAUGGUCGUGUCCUUCGACGAUACGGAAAAGAACGCGAAAUUGUCUCUGCGGCAGACAGAAAUCCUGCAGAAACUCAGUUCUAUCGUCAGCGACAUCUCGUCCGGCCUCGGCGAUGAUGUCGCUGUCCCGACUUUCCAUCCUGAAUAUGGACGUUACAUGCUUGAAUCGACACCUGGAGCCCCGUACACGGGCUCUAUUCCGGACGUGCUAUCAGUGGAAAACAACAUGCGUUAUAGGCGCAACCUCGCCCGUAAACACCUCAAGUCCCACGAGAUCCCCAUGACCUUCACUUCCUUCCCUCGUCUCGGUGUGCCCGGGGUGUUUACGGAGCCAUACUUUGACCCAGCAGAUGCCGUUUCUAGUCAUAGUUUAUUCCUGCCGGAGGAGAUAACGAACCCCCAUGCACGUUUUCCGACCUUGACUGCGAAUAUUCGUCGGAGACGCGGGUCCAAGGUUGCCAUGAACCUGCCGUUGUUCAUUGACGAGCGCACGCCUCGACCUUUCGUGGAUCCUACAAUACCCUGGCAACGCAACAUAUAUUGGGAAGACCCUGAGGCUAGGAAUGGCGCCGCUCUUUUGGACCAUAUUUACAUGGAUGCCAUGGGCUUCGGCAUGGGAUGCUGCUGUUUACAGCUGACAUUCCAGAGCUGUAAUGUGGCGGAAGCUCGCCGCAUGUAUGAUGCCAUGGUGCCGUUGGCUCCCAUUAUGCUAGCAUUAACUGCGAGCAGUCCACUAUGGCGAGGCUAUAUUGCGGACGUCGAUUGUCGCUGGAACGUGAUCGCUGGCGCCGUCGACGAUCGAACGGAAGAAGAACGGGGGUUGAAGCCCUUGAAGGAAAAUAGAAGGCGCAUUCCGAAGUCUCGGUAUGACAGUGUCAGUCUGUAUAUUUCGGAGGACUGGAUAAACCGCCCGGAAUAUAAUGAUAUCCCCGCACCUGUCCACGAGAAAAUUUAUGAGCGUUUGCGCAGGCAUGGAAUCGAUGCUGCCCUGGCUAGACAUAUUUCUCAUCUAUUCAUCCGGGAUCCGUUGGUUAUUUUCUCCGAAAUGAUUGACCAAGAUGAUUCAACGAGUAACGAUCAUUUCGAGAAUAUCCAGUCUACAAAUUGGCAGACUGUCCGGUUCAAGCCUCCUCCAGUGGAUUCUGCGAUUGGAUGGAGAGUCGAGUUCCGGAGUAUGGAAGUUCAGUUAACAGACUUCGAGAAUGCUGCAUUUGCCGUGUUCUUCGUGCUGUUAACGCGAGCUAUCCUGCACUUUAGUCUUAAUCUCUACGUACCCAUAUCGAAGGUCGACGAGAAUAUGCAGAAGGCGCAGAAGAGGGACGCAGUCCACUCGCAGCGGUUUUAUUUCCGCAAAGACGUGUUUCCAUUAUCUUCGCGUGUGUCGUCAGUAGUUUCAUCACCUGGUUCCGUCUCUCCGAUGGACGGUACGCCUAACGGAUUGAAUGGGCAUGCACCAUCGAAAGAAAAGAAACUGAGGAACUGCUAUCCGAAGUUCCCCGAUCCUGACGACCAUAUCAACUUUGGUCCGGUAGACGAAGAAUACGUCGAGAUGAGCAUUGACGAAAUUAUGAAUGGCAAAGGAGCCGAUUUUCCGGGUCUCCUCAGUCUCGUGUACGCAUAUCUAGAGACGCUUGACAUCGAUAAGACCAGUCGGGAUAGAAUCGAGCAGUAUCUCGACCUCAUUCGGGGCAAGAGCAACGGCUCGCUCCAAACGACUGCAACAUGGAUAAGAAACUUUGUUCGCAACCACCCUUCGUAUAAAUACGACUCAGUCGUAAGCCAGGAGAUCAACUACGACCUUAUGCGGUCGGUGGAUGAGAUUGAACGUGGCGUACGCACAGCACCUGGUCUCUUACCCGAGUGCUUCGUGGGCAGUCAUCAUGCCCACGUCUCCUUAACUUAAGUGUCUACCGGACUCGCAUAGGCCAUCCGAGCUACUCUGUAGCCAUAGUUUACAUGUAUUCUUAACUAUACGGGGAAGGUGUGAGUCCGU